CCGAAAAGUGUUUUCCCUUGAACUUGAACUCUGACCCCCUUUUUUUUUGUACCUACACAUAGCACUACCAAGGUCGGUGGUGCAUUCACGUCUUUUUAAAUAAAAUCAAACAUUGUUUUCGUUGCUAGACUCUACUUCCAACCUUACCCAUCGAAGAUGGCUUGCAUAGGAAAAGGCAGGGCAUGGCUAAAUGGAGCCGCUCAACUGCUGAAUAGCCAUCUUAGACAAAAGAUGGCACCAUCCGUUGCUAUGGCUACUGCAGCAAAUGAUGUCAAGCCAUUUUAUUUUCAAGACAUUUUAGAACAAACUGGCAAACAUGAUACUCCUUUCAAGAAACUGACAGGUGAUUACGUAUCAACAUUUGACGUGAAAGGGAAGAAAAUUUUGACUAUCGAGCCAGAAGCAUUAACUUUGCUGUCUGAAAAUGCCAUGAUUGACAUUGCUCAUCUUUUGCGCCCAGCACACUUGCAGCAACUGGCUAAAAUCCUGAAAGAUCCCGAAGCAUCAUCCAAUGAUCGCUUUGUUGCCCUGGAGCUGAUGAAAAACGCCAACGUAGCUGCUGGUAUGGUGUUGCCUGGUUGUCAAGAUACUGGAACUGCCAUCUGUAUGGGAAAGAAAGGCCAGUAUGUUUGGACCAAUGGGAAUGACAUGGAGGCCAUAGCUAAAGGCAUCUACAACACCUACACAAAGAAAAACCUUCGUUACUCUCAGGUAGCGCCACUUGACAUGUACACAGAAGUAAACACAAGGACCAACUUGCCUGCACAGAUUGAAAUCUAUGCCACAGGUUCAGGGCAGUUUGAUUUUCUCUUUAUAGCAAAAGGUGGAGGAUCUGCUAAUAAAACAUUUUUGUACCAACAAACCAAAGCAUUGCUCAACCCAGAAAAACUGUUGGCUUUUGUCACAGAGAAAAUCAAGACACUAGGAACAGCAGCCUGUCCACCUUACCACCUUGCGUUUGUUGUUGGUGGGACAUCUGCAGAAUUUACCCUCAAGACAGUCAAGCUGGCCUCGACUAAAUACCUGGAUAAUCUUCCAACCACAGGUAAUGAACACGGAAGAGCAUUCCGUGAUUUAGAGCUAGAGAAACAGAUCUUUGAAAUUACACAAAAAAUUGGCAUUGGUGCCCAGUUUGGUGGCAAGUAUUUCUGCCACGAUGUCCGCGUUGUCCGUCUACCUCGCCACGGAGCUUCCUGUCCAGUGGGCAUUGGUGUGUCAUGUUCUGCUGACAGACAGAUUUUAGGAAAAAUUACCUCAGAAGGUGUGUUUCUAGAGCAGCUGGAGACCAACCCUGGCCAGUAUUUGCCAGAGGUUGAAGACAAACACCUAGGUGGAGAGGUUGUCCAGGUAAACAUAAACAGUGGAAUGCCUGAAGUUUUGAAGCAGUUGGACAAGUUUCCCAUUAAAACAAGACUCAGCCUAACUGGCACACUAGUUGUGGCCAGAGAUAUUGCGCAUGCUAAGCUCAAAGAGAGAUUAGACAAGGGAGAAGGUCUGCCACAGUAUUUUAAAGACCAUCCUGUGUACUACGCUGGUCCAGCCAAGACACCUAAAGGUUAUGCUAGUGGCUCCUUUGGCCCUACAACUGCCGGCCGUAUGGACUCGUAUGUUGCAGAGUUCCAGAAGGCUGGGGGUAGCAUGAUCAUGUUGGCCAAGGGUAACAGAAGUAAACAGGUAACUGAUGCCUGCAAAAAGUUUGGAGGGUUUUAUCUCGGCUCAAUUGGUGGCCCUGCCGCCAUCUUGGCCCAGAACUGUAUCAAGAAAGUUGAAGUGCUGGAGUUCCCAGAGCUUGGUAUGGAGGCGAUAUGGAAAGUUGAAGUAGAAAAUUUCCCAGCAUUCAUUGUGGUUGACAACAAAGGCAAUGACUUUUUCCAGAAGUGGCAGGUGGAAGGUCAUUAGGUCAUACCAUGUGACCUUUCAAUUGCUCAGUUUUAGUGUAAUCUACUCGCAACACAAUGUUCACAGUGGGACAUUGUUUUAUGAAAGACACAUGCUAAAUAAAUCUUUAUAAAUUCAAAAUAUCUCUUCAUAGCAGAUGCGUUAUUAAAACCUCAAAACAACUAUUUGUGUUAAUCUGGUAGAUAUUUUGAAGUUCUCUCUCACAAACAGCAUAUUGCCUGUUAAUUAAAUAAAGCCAAUCAUGCUUGUAAAACUUAGAUAUGAUUAUUAUUUAUAAUAUUUUACAGUAAAAUAUUCUUCUUUAGUAUCUGCAUAG